GAAAAACUCUUUGAACGUUUUGACAUUUACUUAGAUUUCAAUAUGGUACUACCAAAUGCGUGAGUGUAAAUAUCAGGACAAUGGGACCAGCAUCAUUAUAAUUACAGGGCCCCGUGUAAAAUAAUUUAACCAGGCCCUUUUUUUAAUAUAUUAUUCAUUCAGAAGAUCGAAAAUUGUUUCAAUUAUGACACAUUAACACAACCACCAGUAUUGAAGCAUUAUUGCAUAAUUAGCUAGUGUAUAAAUAUUAAUUACAUGGAAAUCGGACCCAUAAUUUUCGAGGUCUGGAAAUCAACUUCUAUAUUAUUAUGUGGUCACUCGCCAGAAGUAAAAAAUUGGCAACCAACACUACAGUUAUGAAACCUUCACCAUAAGCAACAAAGGAAAAAGGAAACAUGCAACCUUUCCUUUAACAAACUACUGUACAGUGUGAUUCCAGAGCCGGUUAGUUCUCCCUACAUGCGUGUGCUGCGACACUUCCGUUACCAUUGUCGACGACGACGGAACCGCAAUGGCAGUCGUCCGGAUGGCCACGAAACGGUUUUUUGCCACCCACGACGCCAACAGCGUUAAGAAUUAUAAUAUCGCCGUCUUCCUUUGUAUUACAAUAUUUGUCUUGCAUUCAGGCAAUGCAGGAGUGUUGGAAGAUAAUUACGGAAGAUACAUUGGGUCCUUUAAAGGAUACGCUCAUGGUGUCCGUGGAACUGUGUACGCAGUAGAUGAAAACACGCUAUUCAUCCGGGAAUUCUUCUAUGAUGGUAUUGGCCCAACUGCUUAUUUUUGGGCUGGGAAAUCAUCAAGAACUUCUCCGGAUGGAUUUACCAUUCCAUAUCCUGAGGACUUUCCGGCAGUGGAACCACCACCGCUACAAACGCACAACAAUUCAAACAUCAUAUUGCGGUUGCCGGGCGGAAAACGUAUCAAAGACAUCAAAUGGCUGUCAGUCUGGUGUAGGCGGUUUACGGUAAACUUCGGCGAGGUGUUCAUACCAAUCACACUGGACCCACCCAAACCACGAAUCUUACCAGAAUUUAAACGUUUCGCUCACAGUUUGAGGUCGGGCAAUAUCAGUAUUUUGGACGCACGGACAUUCUACAUACCAAAUUUACACUAUGACGGCUUGGGGCCGGACGCGUAUUUUUUCGUCGGGAACGGUUCGGAGCCAUCGCCCUACGGCGUCAAAGUACCAAACGAAAUCGGGAGCUUGGAACCGCUGAAGGGCUACCAGGGGGAAGACAUAGAAAUCCAAUUACCCAGAAGCCUGACGAUGCACUCGAUCGAUUGGCUGGCCGUAUGGUGCGUGCAGUACACGCACAAUUUCGGCCACGUUAACAUCCCGGACGACUUGGACGUGCCACCCGCGUUGGGGCAGACCAAGCUCACCCCAACAUGGUGGUACAAUCCAACGAGCAGUACUACUUCAGAUCCCGAAGGACAUUGGGACAUGAACAAUUGCCGAGACCUAUUACCCGGUAAACUACAAGUGCACUGGGAAGUACAAAAUGAAUGGGUCCAAGUUCAGUUGACCGGUAAAAUACGUGAAAACCAAUACAUGGCAUUUGGUCUCAGUGGUAACCAAAAUAAGAUGACGAUGCUCGGUGGUGACGUGGUGGUGGUGUUCUAUAAUCGAGAAAAGAAUUCGUUUCACGCUGAAGACUAUUACCUGUCUGCAAACACCGAGUGCGACGGCAAGAAUGGCGUAUGUCAGGACGAGCGGCUGGGCGGCCGGAACGAUGCGGUCCUGGUAACCGGCACUCGGCGUAACGGCGUUACGUCUGUCGUUUACCGACGACCGGUUCAAACUAACGAGGCCAUCAACGACCAGCAAGUGCCCUUGGAUACCGCCGCAAUGGUCAUAGCAGCCAUAGGCCCUCUAGGAAGUUCUGACCAGCCCGGAGCGCAUGACGACUUGGACAUGACCAAAGAGGAAAUAAAAAUCAAUUUCAACGCCAAAGACGAUUACUCAUGCUCGUAUUCCCUAUUCAAUUCUGACGAUGACAUGGGGCGGUCCGCGUGGCCACCCAACAUUAUCAUUGGCGAGAAAGAGUUUAGAGCUAAGCUUGGACCAUCAGGUGGUUCUCGGGGUUACAUGGCUAUUACCGGUCAAAUGACCGGCGAUAUAGUCUGGUACAUAAACGACAAACUUAUACCAGAAAUCUUUGUAGAAAGGAAACAGACGUACACAUUUAUUGUCGAAGGAGGAAAUGACCCUAAUAAUGGCGGACACUACCAUCCGCUUUAUAUCACAGACAGCAGUGAAGGAGGAUUUGGACAGAAACUUGACGCGGAUCAGAGAAAACAGCGUGUUUUUGCCGGCAUCGUCUACGACUCUGAAGGCUUUCCUUUUCCUACUACAGCCGGUCGAUAUUGCGAGUUUAAAUUCAAGUCUUACGAUCGUUCGGCAGAAAUGGAAACCUUUGAUGCCUUUUUUGACUCUUUGAAAUUGUCAUGUGAAAAUGGUAACGCGGGAUUACUAAAUUGGACGGUCGCUGAAGAAACACCUGAUCUGGUCUACUAUCAGAGCUAUUCUCAGCCGUUCGUGGGAUGGAAAAUCCACGUGGUCGACCCCGGUUACAAGUGGAAAGACGACAAGGACGCCGCGACCAGACAGCACGGCGGUCUGCCGUUGACGUGCGCGAUAUUGAUCACCGCUGUUGCCGUCCAGCGGAUUUUCACGAUUAGUUUACUGUGAUGCGUCAGAUCCGGUAAACAAUACGGACCGUCAGUGGAGGCGGCGGCGGCUCGAUCACAACAACAAUAACAAUAAGACCCUCCAAUCGUUAAUAUUUUAAUAUGUAUUAUAUAUUAUUAACAUGACGACUCCGAUGACCGAGUCUUCGCCGCCGCCGCCACAUGACGAUCUCCGAACGCCGGCCACGUAAACGUCAUGUUUGUUCACCGUGACGAUGAUAAUAAUAAUAAUAAUAUAACUUACCGGCCUUAUGAAAAUACUCAUAUUCGCCACUUCUACUCGAGAAGUUUUUACGACUUUUUUCUCCGUCUCUAUUCGGAGCACGCGUUCCAUUUGGGCACGAUUGGGCACACCGCCGCAGUCGAUCGCUGUACGGGUUCUGUGUUGUAUCUCCACAUUUUUUGUCCGAUUUUAAAAAAAAAUAUAUAUAAUAUGUUAUUAUUGUCGCGUGUACGUUUUGAACUAAAAAUCAAACGUUUUCGUGUCCGGCGUGUUCGGAUUACAAGCCGUCGUUUAGACGAAUGUUUAAUAAUAAAUUGAUGUUUCGUUUCAACUAUACUUAAAUGGCUAAUAUAACGACAUAGGACAACACAUCCAAUGCGCGCGUUCUACCGAUCGCUGUCGCAUACCUAUAUUGUUACAUUGUGUGCGUUUUGUUUUUACGCCCGCGACUUGUGAGUUGGAUCGCCGCCGUCGUCCGAUGUGACUUGAUUCAAAUGCACUUGCGCCCGUCCCGAGUCUGACUUUGAUACAUCUGAUCGAAGACAGUAUAAUGCAUUAUAGGAACCCUUAAUACAGUGACAACAAAGAUGAACCAGUGGAAAAGAGUAAACGCGUGAAUUAAUUAAAUUUUCAAUUUUUAACCAUUUAAAAUAAAACUUCUAAAAAAUGUAAGAUUGUGAUACCUACUUUAAAAUAUCACAUCAAUAAUACUAUUGUUCAACAAUACGAUUAUUUCGCUGUUUAGUAUAUUAUAAAUCAUAAUUUUUAUAAUAAUAUUCUAAGUUAUAAUAUACUAUUAUAGUAUAAUUAUUAUUUAUUAUUAUAACCACAGUUUGGUACACUUUUGAUCAAAAAUAAUUAUCAAUUUGCUUGUGGAUUGACGAUCUGUAAUGCUACAAUAAUAUAGCGAAAACACUUUUAUUAAAUUAGCAGAUACCCAGAAUGUCUGAAUGUUUCACGCCAUAGUCUUAUCGAAUUUGACAUUACGUAAGCUACGACAGCUUUGGUUGAACAAAAUCCGAUAAUAAAGUUACAACAAACAAAAAUACGUUUACGUAAUCCCGUUAAAUUCGAGUGGUGUUAAAUAGUUUAAAUGUAUAUUAUUCUUGUUAUUGCUGUCGACUGUCGUCUGUCACUAUACAACAAUAAUAUUAUUAUAAUAUCGAUAGCCAGCUCUUUUACGAGCAAUUCUUUAAAUCAUCAUCAAUUAAUCAUAAAUAUUAUUAUUAUAAUAAACCACACCAAAGACACAGGCGCGACGGCGGCGUUCAUCUCACACGCUAAACGUAAAACGAAAACGCAAUUUACCCAACAUUAAGAAUAUCAAGCAAAACCAAACAUAUCAUUUGUAUAAAUCAUUUAUGCACAUAGUAAACUAAUAAUUGAGUGGAUUUUUGCUGUAGACGUUAAGGCAUAUAUUUUAUAAUUUAAUAUUAUUACGCACGUUUAACGGUAGAUCGUUGUAAGUAGAAUAAUUGUUUAGUAUAUAAUUAUUGUAAACUUAGUACGGUUAAGUCAUAAAUUCAAUAUUGUGUAUAAAGCUGCAUCGCUGGCAAUUUAUUAUUUUCACACAAAAAGAGAUCCCCUCGUCGUCGUCUU